AUGAGCCAAAAAGGGAACAGGCAACUGAUUUCUCUUGAGGCACCAAAAGUGACAAGGAGUCCUCUUGAAUAUCUAAAGAGGCAGAACUCCUUCUUUUAUAUUGAAGGUGGUAAUGGGGCAAAUCUUGUUAAAGAUUAUUGCAUGAAUAAAGGGUGGACACCCAUCCAGGAUAAGACCAGGAAUGACUACAUGUUGAAGUGGUGUUCCAUCAAGAGAAGAUCUAACUAUAUAUCUUUUCAAGAAGGCAAACAAUUGAUCUACCAGAUUCCAAACAACUGGAUUUUCACUACAAAAAUUGGUCUUUUAAGGUGCUUGAGGGACUACGAAAUCCAACAAAGCAAAAUCUGGAACUCAAAAGAACUGAAAAUGGCCGAUUUUUAUCCAGAGUCCUACCGUCUGGACAUUCCAUCAGAGAGAAAAACAUUCUUCUCUCUUUAUAAAGAUUCUCAAACAUGGAUUUGUAAGCCCACUGGCCUAAACCAAGGACGUGGCAUUUUCUUGCUGCAAAACUCAACGCAAGUCAAUGACCUACAACGCCAGAUGAGGCUCCAUAAGCAUGACCGUAAUCAUGUCUCAGAGGCCAGCAUUGUACAAAGAUAUAUUCCAAAUCCUUUGCUUCUGGGUGGACGGAAAUUUGACGUAAGGUCCUAUAUGAUUAUCUCAUCCACGGAGCCUUAUGUCGUUUUUUUCCGUCAUGGUUAUGUGAGACUUACCUGUGAACAAUAUGACCACCAAUCUACUGAUCUCACUAGCCAUCUCACCAACCAAUACAUGCAAAAGAAGCAUCCAUCUUAUAAGGAAUUGAAGGACGAAACUAUCUGGUCUAUGGAGAGAUUUAACAACUAUGUUAACCAAGAAUAUGCCUCCAAGAAACAUCUACCCAGGAACUGGGUUCUGAACACCUUCACGAAAAAGAUGCAGCUGAUAAUGGCACACUGCUUCAAAUCAUUUAAAUCGAGGCUCACAAGUCGCCGGGGGUAUUUUGAUCUAAUCGGCUGCGAUUUCUUAAUCGAUGAAGACUUUCAGGUGUGGCUCCUGGAAAUGAAUUGCAAUCCAUCCUUGAGCACCAGCUGUAAGGUUCAGAAGGAGGUGAUCCCAGGGGUUAUUAAGGAUACACUUGACUUGACUCUUGAAAUCUUUAAUAAAAGAAAGGGCGAACUAAUUCUUCCACUGAAAACUAAAAACCAGUGUGUACUUCUGUACAAUGGACAGAUGAAUCAGGUGACCGUGAAAUCUGACUGGUCCCGAUCCACGAAAGUUCAGAGGGAACCACUGAAUGUGAAGAAACUUCCACCAAUUGCUAAAGCCCCUGACACCAAAAAAAGAGCCAAGCAAGUAGACUUGAGGAUAACAUCAGCACCAGCAGCAGCAAUGUCCAAAGUCCGCACGGAGAAAGACUCCCUCAGAUUACCACCAAUACUCAAACAAAAACCUGUGCGUAAGUCUUCUGCUGAACUGCCAGAUGUCAGAAACAAGAGGAACGACUCUUUGCAGACUUCCUCUGCAGGUAGACUCAGUAAGAUUAAGACCUCACAUGUACUGCCAGAUAUAAGAAACAUGAGGAACUCAUCUACGGGGACUGCCUCUGUGGAGAGACCCUCGACCUCUGAAUGUAAGACCCCGAGGAUCUCCAAGAGGAGCUGCUUGUUAACACCAGCUCCACCAUCAGCUGAAGUUAAGCCUCUGAGAAAGUUCCAACGUAGACACUAA